CAAGAUGGCGUUUCCGUUGCAUAAUUUAUUGACGCAUGCGCCACACAUUGCAAUCAGCUGUCAGAAAGAACAUAAUCACGUAAAAAACAAAAUUAUUUGUGUCUUUAGAUAAUUCCCGUCAAUAUGGCGGGGCAAAAUCCAGGUUCGCCGACUGACUUUCAAUAUUUUUACGAGGAUGAAGUGUAUAAACUCAACAAUCGCGGUCAAGUGGUCUUCGGUCUGGUACUCGAGAACUAUGAAGCCAACUCCAGCGAUCAAGAGAGCGACAUUGAAACACCUAUACAAAAAGGCGAGAUUCGUGUUGUCUGGCAUCCUUCCGGCACCGAGCGAGUCAUAUCCGAGAAGUCGGUUGGCUUAGCGGAUCGUUCAUUGAUGCCUGGUGAUGUGGUUCGUCGCCUCAUUGCCGGCAAGGAUACGCAGAGGGGCUACUGCAGGGACAUCAUAAUGACGGCAGCCCUGCAGAUUGUUGGCACCAAGCAUGUCAUACCCAGUGUCGCUAGUGAGAGACUGCAGCCGUUGGAGGAGUUCACUCCAGAUUUGGCCGUAUGUCUGGAUUCAUGGGUUGGGACUUCCAAGGCUGUCCACAGCAAGCUCCGCCUAGUAUCAGCCGAGGGCUCCCGGCUGGAGUACCCCGACCUGGACACGUGCCCGCUCGAGGACUACUCGAUGCGCCGCCGCCGCUCCACGCCCUACUCCUCCUCAGAGUUCUACCCGGGGCAGGUUGUGUACGGCCCGCUGGGAUCGCUCGACAACGCCAACUGGCUCCACGUCACCAAAGAAAUGAAGGCCGCCAGGAAACAUAAGAUGCAUGAUCAUAAGUUUACCGUGGAGGCAGUGGUGACGGAGAGCGUGAGCGUGCACUGGCAGUGCCGCGCGCUGUGCACCCACCCCGCCGACCCCGCGACGCCGCAACAGCCCAAGUUCUUAGUUGAAGGUGAAGACCUUAAGAACUUGAAGUUGCUGAACGUGUUUGAGCCGUGCACCCUCCAAGUCGGUGACAGGAACUUUCUCACCAUUGGCCCCGAAGAUAUAUUUGUCAGUAAGAAGCAAUGGAGGAAACAACAAAGUAAAUACUACAGGAGUCAACGCAAGCAGAGCCGACCAUCAAAAAAGCCAUCUAAAACCGAGACCAACUCGAUAGAUCACAUGCCCUCCAGACCAAAGAAACGCGCCUCGUCACACCGCAAAAUUAAACAUGAUACUUUCUCCGACGAAAUGGAAGUGGAUCUCUUGAUGGACGUGGUGAAGGACCCGGUGUGCCCCAGCAUCAAGAUCGAGCCCAUCGGGGACGUGUCGCUGCCCAUGGCCAGCAGUCAGGAGGACAACGCCGCCGAGGAGAAGAACGACUCCGGCAUCAGUCCUGAGCCGGCGCGCGAGGACACCUCGUUGCUCAACGGCGACAGCAAGUCGGAGGCCGCUCUCAACGACGACGAUUCUGAUAACUGGGAGAAUACUAGCAGCGAUGGUAGUGAUACUGACAGUGGCGCGACGUGGUCGUCCCGCUGCUCGUCGGCGGCGUCAGGCCGCGGCAAGCGCUCCCCGCAGCUGGCGGUGCGGCUGCUGCGCGGCAAGCGCCUCAAGCGCACCGUGCGCCGCGCGCCGCCCGCGCCGCCGCCGCGCCUCGGCGACCGCGUCGUCGUCGAGACGCUGCACACCACCAGCCGCGCCAACGUCGUCUGGCAGGAUGGUACAAUAGAAAUGGGCAUACCGUCAACACAGCUAUACCCAAUCCAUCACUUGGACGGGCAGGAGUGCUUCCCCGGCGACUUCGUGGUCAGCGGGGCGGCGAACAUCGAAGAAAACCAACAGCUGAAGCACAGAGAAUACGGCGUGGUGCAGCGUGUGGACCAUCACGGACGCACGGCCAUCGUGCACUGGUACCGCACCUACACCAGUGCAGACGAACCUGUGCCACAGAUGUUGAACGAAAGCGAAGUCAGCGUAUACGACCUAAAGGACCACCCCGACUUCCAGUACCGGCCCGGGACGGUCGUCAUCAGGGUCGCCAACUUCACCGGGGAAGACGCCAACUGUACUGCGGGACAGGUGAUCGACAACUUCCCGUCGGGUCGUGUUAAAGUAUGGUGGGUGGACGGACACACAAGCAUGUGCUGGCCUCAAGACUUGUAUAAGGUGGGCGAGUACGACAGCGAGGAGGGCGAGCUGUGGGGCUCGGAGGGCUCGGGCUCGGAGGACUCGUGGGAGACGCAGAGCUCCGCGCACGACGCCGAGCCCCGCACGCCCGACCCGCUGCCGCCCACGCCGCCCGACCAGCCGCCGCAUAUAGAGGCGGGCCUGGCGGGCGCGGUGGCGGCGGAGGCGGGCGAGGGCGCGGGCGCCGGCGUGCCGCGUCUGCUGGAGCCGCGCGUGGCCGCGCACAUCGAGCGAGGACGCAUCGCCAUGAGGAAGCUCGAGGAGAUGUUCGCCAAGCACCCCACCUUGCAGAGCCAAGAGAUCAUGCGCAAGUUGCUAAACCUGUACAAAGAUUGCCGAUUCUUAGACCGCCUGAUGGGAACGUCGUUCUUCCAUGAAGACCACUUUUUGGGUCUGCUGGAGCGUGUCCGCGAGCGCGGCGCCAGCACCCCGCGCGCGGGCGAGCGGCGCGUGCACGAGCAGCUGGCGCGGCUGUUCGCGCCCGCCGCGCCCACCGCGCCCGCCGCCGCGCCCGCCGAGCCCGCGCCCGACCCCGCGCCCUCCGAGCCCGACGCCAUGCUCGUGGACGACGACCUCGACAAGCCCGCCAGGCCCAUCAUCACGGCUAAUGUUACCGUCGAACCCAUGCAGGUGGAAAACAGCACAAUCAAGAAACCAUUACAUUUAAAUAUAGAACCGGCGCUGGCCACCGGCUCAGACACACUUGUCACACAUGACAACGCUACCAGUGAAAAUCCGUGCGCGGAGACGAAUGACGGUGAUCAAGGACCGGGCCGUAACGUCUGCUACAAAUUAUGCUCUCUUAUACACGCGCAACUCAUUAAAGCGCACGCUGAAGUUAGUCGGAGAAGGCCGCAAGAGUUGGCCGAUUUCCUUAACAGCUUAAUGAAAAAGCAAAACGCGUCUGAAGAGAACUUAGUCUACCACUUUUCAGUUCAGUACGGCGCCCUGGUGGUCAGCCUGGCGGAGGAGGACAAGGGCGAGGCUAAAGCUGCGGAUGUCAAAGACGCUACCACAGCGACACAGGCUAAAACAGACGGUGGAUCAGACACAGCACCUCUCGCAACAGCAGAAGGCACAGAAGAGGCUGAAAUGGAGACCAUCCCCCCCAUGAUCGACGACCAGAAGGAGGCCGGCGAGGGCUUCUGUAUAUUGGAAUCCGCGCCCGCCGGCCACAGGUUCCGUCUCUCUAUGUUGCAGCCCUCCGAACCCAGGACCUUCUACUCCGCUGUCAAGAGGGAGAUUAAACUGCUCAAAAGUGAUCUGCCGCCCGGGGUAUGGGUCCGCGGCUACGAGGACCGCAUCGACUUACUGUCCGUGAUGAUCGCGGGCCCCACGAAGACGCCCUACGAGGGCGGGCUGUUCGUGUUCGACGUGCAGCUCGGCGGCGAGUACCCGCGCGCGCCGCCGCUCUGCCACUACCACUCCUACUGCACCGACCGUCUCAACCCCAACCUGUACGAAGAUGGCAAGGUGUGCGUGUCCCUACUGGGCACAUGGUCAGGCCGGGGCGUAGAGGUGUGGGGCAAGGACAGCUCACUGCUGCAGGUCAUCGUGUCGCUGCAGGGGCUCAUCCUCAACGCCGAGCCCUACUUCAACGAAGCCGGCUAUGAGAAACAGAAAGGUACCCAGCAAGGCAAGGAGAACUCUCGCAUGUACAACGAGAUGGUGCUGCUGAAGCUGGUGCAGUCGAUGACGAAGAUGGCGACGCGGCCGCCGGAGCCGUUCCGCGAGGAGAUCCUGGCGCACCUCCGCGGCUGCGCCGGCGCGCUCUGCUCGCGGCUGGAGGCGCUCGUGGCCGCCGCGCCCGCGCCCGCGCCCGACUACCCGCUGCUGCCCGCCUCGCGCGGCUUCUGCCUCACGCUGCGCUCCUCGCUGGCGGCCUUCCGCGCGGCGCUGCGGCGCGCGCUGCCGGGCUCGCCGCCGCCCGCCAGCCCGCUGCCCGCCGGCCCCGCGCCCGGGCCCGCCGCGCCCGCCGCGCCCAAAGAAAAUUCCUCCUCGUUAGUGCUUAUAGUAUUAUACCAUACGGCCCACGCCGCCGCCGGCGGCAGCACAAAUACAAUGUAA